CGCCCGCGCGCAGGCCCCGCCUUGCCGGCGCCAUGGCUCCGCCUCCGCCCUCCCCCUCCAUGGCGCCGCCCGGGCUCAUUCAUUCCGCGCCGGGCCUUCCAGACACCUGCGCGCUCCUCCCGCCGCCUGCAGCCGCCGCCGCCGCCGCCAGCAUGUCGGGCCCCGCCGCCGACACGCCGUCCGCCAUUCAGAUAUGCCGGAUCAUGCGGCCCGAUGACGCCAACAUCGCUGGCAAUGUCCACGGAGGGACCAUCCUGAAGAUGAUCGAGGAGGCAGGGGCCAUCAUCAGCACCCGGCACUGUAACAGCCAGAACGGGGAGCGCUGCGUGGCUGCCCUGGCCCGGGUGGAGCGCACCGACUUCCUGUCACCCAUGUGCAUCGGCGAGGUGGCCCACGUCAGCGCGGAGAUCACCUACACGUCCAAGCACUCGGUGGAAGUCCAGGUGAACGUGAUGUCCGAAAACAUCCUCACAGGUACCAAGAAGCUGACCAAUAAGGCCACCCUGUGGUACGUUCCCCUGUCACUGAAGAAUGUGGACAAGGUCCUCGAGGUGCCUCCUGUCGUGUAUUCCCGGCAGGAGCAGGAGGAGGAGGGCCGGAAGCGGUACGAAGCCCAGAAACUGGAGCGCAUGGAGACCAAGUGGCGGAACGGGGACAUCGUCCAGCCUGUCCUCAACCCAGAGCCUAACACGGUGAGCUACAGCCAGUCCAGCCUGAUCCACCUGGUGGGGCCGUCGGACUGCACCCUGCAUGGCUUCGUGCACGGAGGUGUCACCAUGAAGCUCAUGGACGAAGUGGCCGGGAUCGUGGCCGCCCGCCACUGCAAGACCAACAUCGUCACUGCUUCUGUGGAUGCCAUUAAUUUCCACGACAAGAUCAGGAAAGGCUGUGUCAUCACCAUCUCUGGGCGCAUGACCUUCACAAGCAAUAAGUCCAUGGAAAUCGAGGUCUUGGUGGACGCCGACCCCGUGGUGGACAACGCGCAGAAGCGCUACCGGGCCGCCAGUGCCUUCUUCACCUACGUGUCCCUGAGCCAGGAGGGCAAGCCACUGCCAGUGCCGCAGCUCGUGCCUGAGACCGAGGACGAGAAGAGGCGCUUUGAGGAAGGCAAAGGACGGUACCUGCAGGUGAAGGCCAAGCGCCAGGGCCAAGCGGAGCCCCAGCCCUAGGCCUGCCCAGUGCUGGGCUCCGAGCGGCUGCCAGGACGGGCCCAGCCUCCAGUCACUUAGAAGUCGCCCCCUUGGCCAGAUCCCCAGUUCACGUUGCGAGCCAGUGUCGUGUGUGUGUGUCGCAGUGUUAACCUGUACUCUCUCCUGGAAGUCUGUACACCAAAGCUUUAUUUAUCUCCUCCCAGUGUCAGUGCUACUCCGCAUCGCCCAGGUGCCACACGCACCUCGUGGUGGGAAAGGUCAGCACACAAAUAAAGAUGCUGUUUGUCUGCA